AACGAUGAAUGAACUGCAACAUAGAGAGGUUAUGAAGUGCUGGCUGAUGUCAGUGUCAGCAUACAGGUCCGCUUAUCGAUAGUACCUUCCCCUGAACCCUAAAUUCCGCGACCCCAACCGUCGCACAGAUCACGCCUCUAGUAACGUAGAUUAAACCGCGACCUAAAAUGCCCAGGACACCACAUUACCUCUCUCUCACUACUCCACGCCCAAUGGGAUCGCGGUCGGGCAUGACCUGUUUGUCAUCUUUCCCCGAUUCGCACUGCAAGACCUGAGCCAUUAGCAGCAAUGGCUCGUCUCCGCACACGACACAUUGCCGUUUGCGCCGUCCUCGUUAUUUUCCUAUACUACGUCCUCCCACGCGAAGACGCGAUAUCAUACCUCACGCAUCAUGGCAACGGAGCGCCAAAUGCCGGAACUGCGGAAUUGGCGCGAUACAUGAACAGCCCGAAGCAUGUCCCGCACAUUGUCGCCAACCACAGCAGCUUUGCAUGGAACGCAGUCCAAUUCAUAUAUCAACCCGAGCUCACGCCGAAGCUACCCCCGCCCGUCACCAAACGCCCGCGCAUACAGCAUAGAUUUCGUCCGGACACAAGGAGGGUGGCUGCGGAACAAGAGAGGAGACGGCUAGAGGUCAAGAAAGUGUUCGAGAAGGCAUGGUCGAGCUACCGAACUCACGCAUGGAUGAAGGACGCGUUGAAACCUAUAAGCGGGCAAUAUGUAGACCAGUUCUCAGGAUGGGCAGCUACGCUGGUGGAUAGCCUCGAUACACUCUGGAUGAUGGGGCUACGGGAUGAGUUCUAUGAGGCCGUGGCAGUGGUCGCAACAAUUGAUUUUGGGAAGAGCACUGCUGCGACUGUGAACAUGUUCGAGUCCUGCAUACGGUAUCUCGGUGGAUUGAUCGCGGCGUACGACUUGAGCGGACACGAAGUGCUGAAGAUGAAGGCUGUUGAGAUUGGGGACCUACUCUAUGCGGGCUUCAACACGGAUAAUCGCAUGCCAGUGGAUUUCAUCAACUUCGAGCGGGCAAAGGAAGGCACUGGGCUUGUCGUCGAGGAGUCCGUUGUCAGCGCAUCGCCGGGAACAAUUACGUUGGAAUUCGCCAGGUUGAGCCAGAUCACCGGCGAUAGCAAGUAUUACGCCGCGGUUUCGCAUGUUAUGGAUGAAUUUUACGAGCAACAGAACGACACGAAACUCCCCGGCAUGUGGCCGAUGUAUGUGUCUAUGAGGAGCAAAGACCUCGUCUCUGGAUAUCAGUUUACGAUUGGCGGCAACGCCGACUCGCUAUACGAAUACCUCCCGAAGGCGCAUGCGCUGCUCGGAUCCGCAGACGCAAGCUCGAAGAAGUACGAAAUCAUGGCUCGCAACUUCAUGGACACGGCUAUGGACAACCUGUUUUUCAGACCUAUGACUCCUAACGACGAAGAUAUCCUCAUCUCAGGCAACUGCGACGUGCUAGAUGACGGUCCACGCCUAGAUCCCGAGAGCGAGCAUCUGUCAUGCUUUAUUGGAGGUUUAUACGCGCUCGGCGGCCGUCUUUUCGAAAAUAAAAAAUACCUUGAUGCCGGAGCGAAGCUUGCGCGAGGCUGCAUAUAUGCAUACAAGUCAUUCCCCACCGGGAUGAUGCCGGAGCGAUAUAAUAUGGUCAAAUGCCCGGGACCGGACCCCAAAAAGCCGUGUAAAUGGGAGGAAGAGCUUUUAGUCGAGGAACGCGAGCAACGAAAAGAUCGCCACGAGAACCUGCCUCCAGGAUUCACCACCGCAAAGGACCCCCGCUAUAUCCUCCGCCCGGAAGCUAUCGAAUCUGUCUUUGUACUAUGGCGGAUCACCGGGAGGGAAGAGUUUAGAGAGGCGGCUUGGGAUAUGUUCCAGGCAGUGGCUAAUGCAACCGAUACGCCGUUUGCUAAUGCAGCGAUCGACGAUGUUACGGUGAUCGGUUCAAAGCAGACGGAUUACAUGGAAAGUUUCUGGCUAGCAGAGACGUUGAAGUAUUUCUACCUAGUGUUUGCGGAUACUGAUUUGAUCAGCUUAGAUGAUUUCGUUUUGAAUACGGAGGCGCACCCGUUCAGGCUAUCGAAGGCCUUGGUGUAGGCACAGCAUAGGCGGCUCAUGCUUUGGGCAUUCGGCGUCUUGAGGAAGGGUUCCGUAUCACAUCGCGCACGCAUUGCAGGUGUUCAAUAUAGAGUGUGCACUCAUCCUCGUGCGAAUAUGAAGGAGUGG